AUGGAGACCAUGGACACACAGGCAUGGCUUGACUCAGAUGAGGAUUGGGAGAUGCAGAGCGAUCAUGGCGCAAGUGGCACUGCCCGGGAUCUAUUUCCAAGUGAUUGCUCUGACCAGAUGUCCAUCACCACCAUUCAGUCCGAAGUUGUUUUAAGCAACAAGGAAAAGCUCUUCGAUCUAGCUUUCAAGGAGUUCAAGAGUCAUGGGGGUGUCCGGCAAUAUCUGCAUCGUAUGUUUCCAGAUGUGGGUGCACGAGCUGAAGAUUUGGCAAAGGUGCUGCAGAAUGCAAUCCCCAAGUCACAGGAUGUGGACUAUGUUGAAAACUAUCCCUUGCCUUCUUGCUUUCCAGGACAGCAGGAGUCGCAUCCCGCCUUCGUGGUUCCACUGUGGCUUUUUAGCGUUCAGAAUGAAUCAAGCCUAAGGGAGCCGACGGCAUUGGACAUCUCAGGAAAGCUUCUUCAGCAGUAUGCCACUGACGGGUUUGUGACACAAGGUGAACCAGUGAUGCUACGGGUUCAGGAUGAUGCAGUGGUUCUUUCCAAGACAGCAGUUCCACCCGGAUCUUUGUGGUUCUUGAAAGGGGCUGCAAGGGUGCACACGGUUAUGGCCUUGGUGAUCUACUUGGUCAAGCACACAAACUGCACUCUUCAGGUUACUGACCCCUUGCUUUACAAGACCUUGUCUGCGAUCCAGUGCAAGCACAUGCGUUUGCAAAACAAGCAAGCGGAGCUGAAUGAUGAAGCUUCACGGGACGAUCGGCUGGCUGGUGCCAAGAAAAAUUCGGUGACAUCCAUCUUGGAUCUUCCCAAUCAAUGUCGUGAAGUCUUACUGGCAACAGUGAGUGAGUUUGGCUUUGAUGGUUCCCCCUACACUGAUGACAAUCUCGGCAGCAAGAAGUACCUCCCCGGGUAUUCCUUCAAAGGGCGCGCAGUGCCCCGCAAGUCCCCAUGGGUGGAACGAGGCAAAGUUACCAAGGACAGUUGCCUGGCUAUGUUUACCAUGAUCCACAGCCAGCACUGCAAGAAUCCAGACCGCAAGUUGCUGAAGGCCCAUCUGGAGGAGAAAGCUGAGAUUUGCGCGUUGGCUUGUGCUUUGAUCCAGGAGGUUGCGGCGGAAGUCCCAAACUCUGAGAAAGAACUUCGGGUUGCCCAUCAGGCCUACCAGUUGUUGAUGACGGAGUUGGACUUUGAUGUGAAGAGUUGGCGAGUUCACCAGCGAAAACUGAAGGAAUAUGACGUACGACUCUAUCACCAGAAGGUUUUCACCACCACCUGGCCUGAGAAGAUCCUGCCCGGCACAGCCGUAGAGAUUGUGCAAACUAUGGCGGCUGAUUCCAAGGCAUGGGCUCACACCCUCAAGUGCAACCAUGUUAAUGACAAGAUGAAUGAAUGGGUGUGGCGAAACUGUGCCCUUGCUAAGAACGGGAGAAACCUUGAUGAACCUGCUCAGCUGUCACAGAAGGACCUGAUCCAGAUUGAGGAAGCUGACAAGCUCCCGCUUUCAAAUGUUGAUGACCGAGUGCGUGGUGGAACAAAGUAUGCGCAGGUUGGAAAGGAUGCGGCCCUUUCGUUGUUGAAGAGCAUGACUGAAGGAGUGACCUGGUCCUCAGCGACCUGCCUGUACAUCAUUGACUACGUCCCCGUGGUUGGUGAUUUCGCACAUGCGGCUUUGAUGCUCAGUUCUUCCUUGAAUAUCCCUGUGCGAUAUGCAGCACUGCUUGAUUCUUCCCAUGAGGAAUGGCUUUCCGACAGCUUGAUGCAGAGUUUGACUGACCAGCUCUUGGCAGGACAAGUACAACCCCCGAAUGGCAUCACCAUUCCAGCGGCAGAUCCACCUCCUGAGCACAUGGACCAAAAACCUGACCCACCCCAAAUGAAGAAGAUGACUUUCAUCAAGGUGGAUGGUGAAGUUGCUGGAAUCCAGGUUCCCGAUCAGGUUCAAAAACAGUGGCAUUCCAACCCAGUUCAUGGCACCGAAUUCCGGGCUUGGAUGGAAACGUUCAAUGAGGAAUUUCCCAAACCAGAAAAAAAGGGGGCCAAACGAAAUGCGUCGGCAGCGGCAGGAACCACCAAUACCCCCAACAAAGUGCAGAAAGUUGGGGCAAAACCAAUUGACAUGUCGAUGUUUGGGCCACUGCUUCGGGAGAAGGGGAAGGAGCCUGAGGAAACAGUGUUGCAAAGGGUCAACCUCCUCAACCUUUCCAACAUUGAUCUUGUCAUCCAGACUGGGGCCAUCUUUGUGACCAAUGUUGGUGAACAGAAAGUGUGCAUUCCAGAGGGUACCAGCAUUUGCGGGUUCGGCCGGGGCAAUUUUCGAUUUGGUGGUGAGCAGACGGCUGCUCAAGACCAUGAGAUUCACUACUUGAUCAAGUCAGCAGACCAAAUUGUGAUCAUGGAUGGGCGCGCGCAUUACCUUGGUGACCUUUUGGAGGCCCAGCGGUUGAAAGCCCCCGAUAAGCCAGGUCUUCAGUACUACGAGGCGACACUGGAGAAGGUAGAGCAGAAGUGGGAAUUGAAAAAGGUGAAAGACUUGCUGUUCACACCGCGCAUGGAUGAGGCCCUGCAGCCAAAUGGCCAUGUGACGAGCCUGGGACUUUGGGUUCCUGAGGCGGUGGGGGUGCCAGACUCUGCUGGUGUGGCUUAA